GCUCGUGUCACCGCCUCGUCACGAGUCCAAGCGCUCGAGGAACUUUACAGCACUCAUGCAAACAAACGCAGAGUGAGCAAACAGACAGACAGAGAGACAGACAGACAGACAGACAGACAGAGAGACAUCGACUGGACGACAAGGAGCAGCCUUUUCACUUGCAAGAGGCUAUGGGGACUGUCAAAGUCGAGUGUGUGGUGAAGGAGCAGAAUGAGAUCGGAGAAGGUCCAGUCUGGGAGGAGAAAGAUGCCACUCUGUUGUAUGUCGACAUCUAUGGCCCGAAGAUCAGCCGGUGGAGCUCACUGACCAAUCAGAUAGAGAGUAUGCACACAGAGACGUAUGUGGGCUGCGUGGUUCCACGCAGGUCAGGAGGGUACGUGAUCGGAGAGGGAACGCGCUUCGCUGCUGUAGACUGGGAGAAGCGUGCCAUCACGACCAUCGCUAACGUGGACACGGGAAAGAGCAACACCCGCUUUAAUGAUGGGAAGGUGGAUCCGGCCGGCAGGUUUUUCGCAGGCACCAUGGCGAUUGAGGUGCGUCCGGCUGAGCUGGAGAGGAAACAGGGCUCGCUGUACAGUCUGCACCCUGAUCACUCUGUCGUCAAACACUUCGAUCAAGUGGACCUCUCCAACGGGUUGGACUGGUCUCCGGAUCAUCGCUUCUUCUACUAUAUAGACAGUCUGACGUACAUGGUGGAAGCCUUUGAUUAUGAUAUACACACUGGAGGAUUAGCUAAUCGCAGAAUGGUGUACAGGCUUGAGAAAGACGAAGGCAUUCCUGAUGGCAUGUGCAUUGACGCAGAAGGUAAAAUAUGGCUGGCCUGCUACAGUGGAGGAAGAGUGGUGCGCAUCGACCCUCAGACAGGGACCAGGCUGCAGACAGUGAAGCUGCCUGUCGCUAAAAUCACCUCAUGCUGUUUCGGAGGGAAAGACUACACUGAUCUAUUCGUCACCUCCGCUUAUAAAGGCAUGGACGAGGAAUCACUCGCCAAACAGCCCCAAGCUGGCUGCAUUUUUAAGGUCACUGGUUUAGGAGUAAAGGGAAUUCCUCCAUAUUCCUUCUCCGGCUGAAACUCCAGAGCAUCUCUGGAUUUAGUGAAUUACAUGAGGACUGUACUAAUUAUGUUCGCUUAACUGUUCAACACUGACAUAUUGUUCUAAUAAUGAUCUACAUAUUGUUCUAAUAAUGAUCUGAAUUCAAGAGACUGAAUUAAGCAGCUUUUUUGUCCAUCUAGAACAUAAUAUCCAAUGACAUCACAUAUCAGUUAGUACUUUAAAAGGGAAUUAAAGCCUUCAUGAGUGAAUCAGUUGGCAAAAAUGCUUGAGAUAUAUUUGUGAGUAAUAAUAAUAAUAAUAAUAAUAAUAAUAAUAAUAAUAAUAAUAAUUAGUGAAUGUAAUGAUAAUUAACAUGUUUACAGUUUUGUUGAUAAAAAAUCCUGAUAACUCAUUUCAAAAAAAUCUUUUUUACAAAGUAAUUAAAGUGUUUAUUAUCAUCGUGUGUAUCUGACAUCAUAGAUGUUUAAAUCCAAGAUCCAAAAUGUUUAGACGCUGCAGUAAUGGAAUACAAUAAUGUUCUGCUAUUUUACAUUUAGCCGCAGUGUUUUUCACUCAUACAUCUUCAGUAAGCUGUUUUUUCUGGGUCAGGAUAGUGGUGAUAUCCUGCGAGCACAGGGCACGAGGUGGGAAUACCCCGUGGAUGGGACACCAGUGCACUCACACACAUUCAGACACUCGUUCAGGAUUAGGGCCUGUUUCGCAAGUCCACCUACAAGCCUGUUUUUAGGAGGUGGGAGAAAACCGGAGAACCCAGAGGAGAUCAUGGACACGGGGAGAAAAUGCACAGAGAGGAACCCGAGCUCAGGAUCGAAGCAGGGACCCUGGAGCUCAGAGACUGCAGCGCUAUCUGCAGCAUCAGCAUGCCUCCUCCUUUUCUUUUUAAUUAAUUUAUUGUUGAUGUGCAAGAUUAAUUGUUUCUGAUUAUCUGGUGAAAUACAUAAAUAUCAGAUGAACACAUGCAUCAGUCACUGUUUGUAGAUUUGUGAAAUACUUUUAAUUAAAAAAGCAAGAAUAUUCAA